UGACAACAAACACCGGCAUAAUCUCACCAUGCCGCGCAUCAGGAAGAAGACCUCCAACCGCCAGGCAACGCGUGACCGCGCGAAGAUUACGAAGAAGGUCGCGGAGCACAAGAAGAAGUCGAAGCGCGAGGCUAAGCGUAACCCGACAUGGAAGAGCAAGAAGAAGGCGGCCCCGGGUGUCCCUAACUCGUUCCACCUGAAGGACCAGGUGCUAGCCGAGAUGGCGGAUGAGAAGCGGCGCGCAGCCGAGGCCAAGAUUGCGGCGCGCGAUGCGGCACGUCGCGCGCGUGAUGGCGAGGGGUCGGACGACGAGGAUGCUCCAGGCAUUAGCUCACUCAUGUCGUCGGUACUUCCUCGUGAGGCCCUCACCGGCGUGGCCCCGCUGCCGGUCGAGGACGACGACGACGUGCCCGACCUUCUGGACUCGGACUUGCCCACGCUCCAGGCCGCGCUUGACGCGGCUGAUCUCCUUCUCGAGGUGGUUGACGCGCGCGACAUCCAGGGCGGGCGGUCGGCGCACGUCGAGAAGCUCGUCACCGACUGCCAUGGGCAGGUGUGGCUCGUUGUCAACAAGGCCGAUUUGGUGCCCCGUGAGGCCCUUGAGGGUUGGCUGAAAGCGCUUGACCUCAAGGCCUACGUUAUCUCUGCGAAGGAGAAGUGGGGGUGUGCUGAGCUUCUCGAGGCCGUCACAGCCGCCUCCGGCUCCAAGGACGACUUCACGGUCGCACUCCUCGGCCUGCCCAACGUUGGCAAGUCGGCGGUGGCUAACGCCCUGCUCGGCGCAGACAAGUUUAAGGUCCGGCCGACGACGCUCGCAUCGAGCUCGAAGCACCCCGCACCUACAACUUCUGCUUGCAUUGAGGCAGUGCUGCCCGGCGGCGUGCGCGUCAUCGAUACGCCAGGAUGGGAGUACGUCGAGGAGGACGAGGAUGAGGACGAGGACGAGGAUGAGGACGAGGACGAGGAUGAGGACGAGGACGAGGACAGCGACGCCGAGAUGGAGGACGUCGAAGAGGACGAGGAGAAGACUGCUGCAGCCGCUGCCAAGUGGGAUGCGCUUGAGGCGCGUGUCGCUGGUGACCUCUUGCGCCGCAACCUUGGCCGCGUUGACAAGGUCAAGGACGUCUUCCCGCUCGUCAACUACGUUUUCGCGCGUUCCAACCCUGAGGAUCUCAUGCUCAAGUACAACGUGCCGUACUUCCCCGCCGGAGACCUGCAGGCAUUCUUGACUGGUCUUGCGAGGGUGAACGGCCGCGUCAAAACGCGUGGAGACCCCGACCUCGACGGCGCGGCGCGCAUCGUCCUGCGCGACUGGUCUCAGUCUUCGUUCCCGUACUACACCGUCCCUCCCAAGGGUGCUUCUUCGACGAUCAACCAGGUCGACAAUUCGGCGGUCCUCUCACAAUUGAAGACCCGCAAGGAGAUGCGCGCGUCAGGACUGAUCAAGUUCAAGGCGAGCGAGGUCGACGAGCGUGAAAUUUUCCUGGACGACGACUACACUGCGGUGGCUCAGCCAGAGUCGGACGACGACGUCGAAAACGGGGAGGGCUUCACGGAUGCCGACUUUGCCGGGUACGACGAUGAGGAUGACGAGGAGCAAGAUGAGGAUGACGAGGACGAGGACGAGGACGAUGACGAUGACGGAGAAGGCUCGUUCAUCGGGUCAGACGAGGGCGACGAGGUCGAGCUUGAGUCUGGCCCGGAACCUUCGUCUCCAUCGUCGCUCGAGGGUGACGAGUUGCCGUCUGACGAGGAGGACGAGGAGGACGAGGAGAGCGAGGAAGAGGAGGCUCCAGCACCGUCGCGCAAGCGCAAGGCGCCCACCUCGCCCGCUGAUCUCCGCAAGAAGGCUAGGACGGUGUCCUUCAAGGCCAAGCCCGAGCCUAAGAGUGCUAAGCGUGAGGUGCGCGAGAUCAAGUCGAUCCUCAAGGCCAAGGACGAGGAAUCGUCGAAGCCUUCGAAGAAGGCCAAGGUAGCCGAGCCGACAGUCAAGGCUUCCAAGACCGCGCCCAAGGCGAAGGCGAACGGGGCAUCCAAGCCCAAGGCAACGGUCACGGCCAAGUCCAAGGCAGCGACUGCAGCAACCGACGCGGGCUUUGAGGCCUACGACUUCUCCAAGCACUUCUAGACAUCUGUAUUGUAUGCAUGGUAUAUAGGAC